UGACCCCGCAUCCUUUGGUGCUGCUGCCUCUACUCUCUUUUUCAAAAGCCUUAAAAUCUUCCUUCGCUCUCUCACCAUUAAUUCUCUAUAAUUUUGAAUCCAACCCCAAAAAAAAAGAGAAAAUUGCAUUCUCGUCUUGUCUUAUUUUCUUAAGAACCAAAAAAAAAAAAAAAACCAAAAUGGUAAGGAAAAUGAAACUCCCAUUCCUAAACAAGAACAACAUGACUUCAUCUUCUUCAUUUUCUUCAAGUUCAUCAUCUUCUUCCUCUUCAUGGCCAUGGCCUUCUUGUCAUCAACAAAACCCAAAAACAACAUCUUCAAGAGCUUCCGUAACCGUUAACAAACCUAAACAUGUCGAUGAAUCCGAGCCACCACCAAGAAGCUUCUCCUCCUCCUCGUCCUACUCGUCCUACUCAUCCUUCUCCUCCACCAGCCACGUCAUGGAAAAUCCGCCGGAAAUAGAGUCUAUAGAGAAUGUGAUUAGAGGCCUAAAAUCAUCGAAAAGACUCAUCUUCGAACAGAGAGGAACAUCGAACUCUAUACUCGAUUGCGCUACCAAGAGAGAAGAUCAUGAUGAUGAAGAAGAAGGCUUCAUGCUCUUGUCCUUGGAAACAAACGAUCCUUACUCUGAUUUCAAGAACUCAAUGGAAAAGAUGGUUGAAGCACACGCUCUUCAUCAUGACUGGAAAAGCCUCGAGAAACUUCUAUUUUGGUUCUUGAAAGUGAACGCCAAGACCAGCCAUAGAUACAUCUUCGCAGCCUUCGUCGAUUUGGUGUUAAACUUUGUAGUUGUACCAUCCAAAGAUAUCGCCGGAGAACCUAGUUCCGACGUAGGCGUCGAAGAUGUUCUUUCGUCGUCGUGGCCGAUCUCGUUGUACACGUCGUACUCUUCCUCUGAUGAGACCUCGUCGACGUCCGUACGGUUAUUGCCGGAGACUUCGAGAGGCGAGAAGAGUAGGGGCGUUUGUUGUUUAUCGUCGUUGUUUGAGUUAGAAGAGAAGAUUAAUCCAAAUGGUUAAUUUAAUUAUCUUUCUUAAUAAUUCCUGCAUUUUGAUAACUCUAUGGAUUACUUCCUU